CUGGUGCGCUGUGCACACGCGUGGGUCAUGCUCUGCACCUGACAGCCCUGCAACACUUUUUGAGUUGAGACAGGAGGAAAAACUUAUAGCAUCGCCUCCGAGAAGAAGUUAUCCACAGCUGCGGACUCUUCGCACACGGACUGCUCUACACCACGUUAUAAAUCCUUGUUUUUUUACACCUUUAAAGCUGCAUCACCGAGGCGAAACGGCGACCUCAGUCGAUUACCUUUCUUUCCUUUGCUAUCCAAUGGAUAUUCACUGCAAAGCAGACCCCUUCUCAGCGAUGCACCGGCACGGCGGUGUGAACCAGCUCGGCGGGGUGUUUGUGAACGGCAGACCCCUCCCGGACGUGGUGAGGCAGCGGAUUGUGGAGCUGGCCCACCAGGGCGUCCGGCCCUGCGACAUCUCCAGACAGCUACGGGUCAGUCACGGCUGUGUCAGCAAAAUCCUCGGCAGGUACUAUGAAACCGGCAGUAUUAAACCCGGAGUCAUUGGUGGCUCCAAACCAAAGGUUGCAACUCCGAAAGUGGUGGAUAAAAUUGCAGACUAUAAGCGCCAGAAUCCAACCAUGUUCGCUUGGGAGAUAAGGGACCGACUACUUGCUGAGGGCGUCUGCGACAACGACACAGUCCCCAGCGUUUCAUCCAUCAACAGGAUUAUCCGCACCAAAGUCCAGCAGCAAUUCCACCCGUCCCCUGACGGAUCUGUUACGCCGCUCUCCACGCCCGGCCACACCAUAGUGCCCAGCACCGCCUCGCCCCCUGUGACCAGCGCCUCCAACGAUCCCGUAGGAUCCUACUCCAUCAACGGCAUUCUGGGUAUCCCCCGCUCCAACGGCGAGAAGAGGAAACGAGACGAUGUUCUCUGGAGUGGCAACCACUUGGAUGGAAGGAAAAUAGGACAUUAUGGCUCUGAUGGCUCAGGCCCGGGCAGCGACUCUCAGGGCAGCGUGGAGAGUUUAAGGAAGCACCUGCGAGCGGACGCCUUCACCCAGCAGCAGCUGGAGGCCCUGGACCGUGUGUUCGAACGUCCUUCUUACCCUGAUGUCUUCCCCACUUCAGAACACAUCAAACCUGAACAGGCGAAUGAGUACUCGCUCCCGUCCCUGAACGCUGGCCUGGAUGACGUGAAGCCGAGCCUUUCCACCAGCGCCAGCUCCGACCUCGCCUCCAGUGUCUCCCAGAGCUACUCUGUUGUGACAGACUCUCACCCAUCAUAUCCACCUUCCAUGUGUGUAAAGCGAGAGCCCCAUGAGGCAUCCUUUGCCCCCUUCACCCCCUCCUCUGUUGGCGACUCUGCUCUAGCCGACAUCUUGUCCCACCAGUCCAGCCUCUCUGUAGAUGCCUCUACUCCCAGCUACCCUGCCCAUGGCCCAUGCUACAGCCAGUAUGCCAGCCAGCCCUUUAUAGCAGGGCGAGACAUGGCCAGCACCACCCUACCUGGCUACCCGCCUCAUGUCCCCCCCACAGGACAAGGCAGCUACCCCACCUCCACACUCGCUGGAAUGGUUCCUGGAGGGGACUUUUCUGGGAACCCUUACUCUCAUCCACAAUACACCACUUACAACGAAGCAUGGCGGUUCAGCAAUCCAGCGUUACUAAUGCCGCAUCCCGUGGCUCCGCACCUCCCACUGCUGCCACUGCCUACGACCGCCACUAGUUACCAUGGAGACCAGCUCAAACUGCAGGGCCACGGCUUCGGCCUCCAUAUUGUCCCCGUCUGAGAAACACUGAGGUCAAAGGGAAGCGAGGUGGAAUCCUAAAGGAAAACCCCGUGAUGUUACGUGAUGUGGAGGAAGGACCGGCGCCGGUGCAUCUAGCCCAGCUUCAACGUCACACUUUGGGUCAAACGGGCCCGCGGGCGUUCAGAACUCACCCAUCAUGCCCUCAAUCUCUCACAGGCCCCGAACAUUUCAGAAUGACUUUAAGAGAUUAUAUAAAUAUAUAUAUUAUAAAAUAUAAAUUGAAGAAAAACAGUGUGAAGAAUACCAUGUGGAAAAAAAUGUUGUGGGUUUUUAUUUUUUGUUGCUGUUGUUGUUGUUGUUAUUUUAUUCAUGGAUCCUCACAUUCCUUUUAUGUGAUGAACUGCAGUAUUUUUCUGCUCUAAAGAGAGAAGUCCAGGGGAGAUGACAGUGGUCCCACAGCUUGAUGAUGCAGCGACUAGAAGCAGCGUAGCGAGGCCCCUUUGACACUUAAUGAGAUCCUGGCUCCACACUGUAGGGAGGGCUUUACUCUGGUGCUUUGACUUGUGCUCCCAUUUCUCCUGUCCCACCGACAUUAUCACAUGCAUGUCCUACAACGUUUACUGGCCCUAUAUAGACCAACAUCACACUCCCUGUGGCAAACAAACAAUCAGUUGUAAAAAAUGUAAAUCAUUUUGCAAAGUAUUAAAAACAUGGUGACCACAAAAUGGCCUCGCCAGAAUUUUAAAUACUUUAAAUUAUUUUUUUCUGUCACGAUUUUUUAAUGCUAAAAAAAAAAGGCUAUCAAAGAUUCCUUCAGAGUCACAUUUCCCUCAUUUUCCAGUCAUGUCCAUGUCCAUGCAUGAUCAUCCUUUGCUCUUUUUUUGCACUAUAACCUCAGCUUAUUUAAUUUAUUUGGUACAUUCACUUCAAAUUAAGUUUAAAUAAUCUACCAAUUUAAUUAAGCAUUAGUUGAUACUAUUUAUGUUGGAUAGUUUAGGCGUAAAAACACAAAGCAGACAGACAGACAAAGCGAUGCUUUCACAUUUCUGAGGAGUUUGUAAGCCAUAGCCCUAUGGCUACAUGAACAAAUUCAAUUCUUCUGGCUUAUAAAUCCAUUCAGCUACUUAGUCAUACCACUAGAUGCCUACACAGUUCAGAAAGCUGCACGCAGUUGAGCAAACCAACUGUAAAUUAGCUUCAACAAUUGCCUUACAAACCUGUUUUUUCAACCUAAAUUCAUGCCUGUUCAACAAAAUUAAUUGCCUUUACAAACGCAUAUUCACCACCCUCCUUGAUUUACUCUCCAUAGGGACUGAAAGGAAAUACUGAUUCAGUUUGCUUUUUUGGAAAAAAAAUAUUUUGUGAAUGUACAUUUAACUACAUUUGCCAAAGACUUAGUUUGAUAUUUAAUAUUUUAUUUACAGUAUAUGUAUGCAUAAAUAAAGCAGUAUUAUCUUUUAAAUAAGUAGUCAACACUGAACAUGCCGUGACUUUUCAACAGGUGAACAACAUGAUGCAUAUGACUGUAAUGAAAAAGGUGGAAUUCAGUGGCUCAAUACUCAACAACAAACAAAAUGCUGCUUUGUAGAAUGAUUUGUGAAUAAUGUGAAGACAAUUCUUCCUUGUAAAUAAUAUCACACACACCAUUGCAGUAUCAUAUUAAUGUACUGGCUCCCUUUGUAGAUAUACAGACUGAAAAAAAACAUGCAUUACAUUUGUGUCUUAAUGUAAUGUUGUGCUCUGAAGAAAGGCACAACUACUGUAUAACCUGUGGCUGCAUAUACUGUAGCAGCAGGUAUCAGAUGCUAACAUCACAUAGGUUGUCUUUGUCAUUUUAUUUUUGUUUUCAUGAUAAUGUCAUGAUGAUGUUUUAUGUCACUAUGCAAUGAGUUAAAUGGCUUUCUGUAUCAUCUUUUGUUGUUGGGCUCAGAUGAAGUAAUCCCCAUGGAGAACGGCAUAAAAGUUAACAAAAAAAGACCUCCGGUGUGAAAUGGUCUGUCUCUCGUUUCACAUUUGCUCCACAAAUUCCCUUAAAUGAAGAUGCAAACUGAAGUCCUUGGCAACAAUCAAAGAUAUUGUCCUGUUUGCUGUUAGUAGAUGUUGUGAUCAUUAUGUUAAUCCAAAUUACAGUCAUCUGUGCCUCCAUGUAUAGACAAACAUCCACACUUAUUACCAUCUCUCCUCCCUCCCUCCACUCUUUCUACCAAUACAACUCUUUAGCGUAUCCAAGAUGAAGUUUACUUUAAUUCCACACAAGCAAAUACAUCAUCUGGUACCAGGGUUAACUGUCGUUGCAGAGGGGGACCAGAUAACAGAGAAACAGACUGCAGCCCUGCUCUUCAGGAGAAGCUAUCCUCUACAAAUUGCACUUGGGAUUUGCCUAUUUCUGUCUACAUGUAGCUCGACAUAUCUGAAAAUGAAACACUGGCGCAGAGUGCACGCCACCGUUAUGCAGGCGAGGCCUUUGCUUUAGGAAGCGGAGCACCUCUGAAGGAAUGGGUCUUCUUGCUGUUGUAAAGAUGAUACAGGAGAUGUGUCAUGGACAUAAAAAGGAUUUCUGAUGAAAAUCUAUACGGAAAGCCUCGUGGCCUCAAUCAUUGUUCUGUUUCAGUUCUGUUCCAAUUCUUUUUGUGCACAUGAGAAAUAAAUUCUUUU